UUUACAUUGCGGCCGAAAACUACGCAUCCCAUUAAGCUUCAGUGCACGUUUCUUACGUAAAAUGUUGAAUGACGGGAAAUUCUUUAAACCAUCCAAUAGCAGGACGCGCAGUGGUCGUCACGUGAUAGGUUGGGAUUACUUGGAAGUUUGAAAUCGAGAGGUCACCAAAAGUAAGAUAAAAACAUUUGAAAGGAUUAUCACAAUGCAAGCUGGAGGGGCUUUCACUCUCCUGGCUGAUGAGGAGUUUGAUUUUGAUAUAUCAUUGUCUCCUACAAGUUCUAAAGAGGGCAAUGAAGACUGUGAUGAUGAAGUAUUUGUUGGGCCUGUAAGACACAAAGAGAAGUGUGUCAGAGCUUCUAUUCAAAGCGGAGAAUCAGACAAAGGGAGUCCUUCCCUGUUAAGUGAAGAUGUUUCCUGGAGUCCUUUAAGUGGAGAUAAAUUUGUUGAGAUCUUCAAGGAAGCUCAUUUAGUUGCACUGCAGCUGGAAUGUUUUGCCAGUGAUGACCAAAAGGAAGUCCAAUCAUCUAAGAAUGAUACAAACCAGUUGGUUGAAAAAUUUGUUCAGGAGUCUAAAUCAAAACUAAAUAUUUUUGAAAAUCUGGACAAUAGCAAAACUCCAGUUGCCCUUAAAAGAGAGACAUAUUGUGUACAAGACAGUCCAUUUACCCAGCUUCCUCCUUCAGUUCAACAAAGACUUGCUGUGUCUGGCAGAGAUGGUGAAGUGAGGUCUGCUCUGAAUAAUACAAACCAUACCAGUCCUAUGAAAAUGCCUAUACCAACAAAGGGACUUUCUGUUUCACCACUAGUGCUGAAAAGUAAAGUUGUGCAAGCAAAAAGUACUGUUCCAGUAGCAAAUUCUAAAAAAACUGUAAGCCGCUUGCAGCCCAUCAAAGCAACCUCUUUGGCAACAAAAACAAAUCUCCUUACUAUAGAAAAGUCAAAAUGUAGUAGAAAGUUGAGCCCAAGUAGGAAGAAACAUCUCAGUAGUGCAGGCUCCUCAGAAGAUAUUUUUUCUGACAAAUCCAGUGUUGCAUCAGAUGUCAGCGAUUCUUCGUUCAACAGCAGCAUUGCAGGACAAAUCAAAAGGACACUUCCAGCCCCAGGCAAGAUUGGCCUGAAAAAAACACAGUUUAAAGCUCCAACCAGUGGUGCAAAGUUUAGGAAAAAUACAUCUUCUUCAUCUUCCUCACAUUCCAGCAUGAAUGCCAGUUUAAACUCAAGUGUGUCUGCAUCUCCACCUCCUGGGAAUGCCAAACUUAACACUUCUCUUAAUGUCUCAAUGAAUGCUUUAAAGCUAAAGUCUAAUCAGAGCAGGCUGGGAUUAGUUAAUCCCUCUGGUGCAUCCACCUCCUCUGUGAAAAUGAAUGUUUCAGAGUUGUCAAAAAGUCGUCUUAAACCAAGCAGUAUGGUAAAAUCACUUACUGUUGGAAAUUGCAAUAAGUCAUCAUCUGUGUCAGUAGCUGUACCAAAGACACCAGUUGGCAAAAUACAGAGACAAACCUCUGCACCUAACUUGAACAGGAUACCUGCACCAAAUAAACCAGAAAGUGCAUUAAAGGGCUCAUCCUGUACUAAGCCGCAAGCAAAAGUAAUGCCUACACCAACAAGCCGUCUCAAGCUGCCUCAGAGAGCUACAGGAGUAUCAUCGCCUGAUCGGUCUGUACUGAAGACAUUGCAGCCAACUCGAUUAAUGUCUUGUGGUGAAAUUGGAAGUGGUAUAGCUGAAAGCACUCCAGUGAGAUCCACACAAGGCACAGUAACCAGCAUUGCCCCUGUCACAAAAUCUGUUUCUGCUACACCUAGUACAAAGCACAUAUCUUCCUUGCCUACUCCCCUGAGUCGGAGAACUGCUGCUCUGAUGACGCCAAGAACAAUCCCAAGAUCUAUUGCAUCUCAGAGGACCGUGCAAGCUUUGCAGAGUUCUACAAAGUCCAUUAAGAAGCCUCUUGUGAAUGGACCAGAAGAAUCUAAAGGAAAAGGGGCAAAAAUUACUUCUAGCCCAGGCUCUCCCAUUGAAGAAGAUUUAGCUUUGGCAAAUGUGAUUCCUUGUUCUUUAAAGUUCUCUCCUGAAAGCAAAGUUAUAUCUGUAAAUGAAAAAGAAACUUCUAAGUCAAUCUGUUCUUCAAACAAAGAGAUGUUACUUGUUGAUUUUGAAGAGCUAAUACAUGAAACAGAUGCUAAACUGAGAAAACAUUCCUCAGCUGGAAGUGAUGGUUACCCUCUUAUUGACCUUUCCAACACGCCUGAAUUGAACAAAAUAGUUUUUCCAAUAAAACCAGCUAUUAUUGGUCAGCUUAUAGAUUUAAGUUCUCCUCUUAUCCAGCUGAGUCCUGUACUGAACAAGGAAAAUAUAGAAUUUGAUUCUCCGCUCCUGAAGUUUUGAAAAACCAAAUGUUUUUACAUCAAUACAAAAACACCGUUACCUGUUUUAGUGUAAUAACCAUUGACGUUUUAAGUGUGAGAAACCUGGUGGAGUGUGUAAAGCAUGGGCCAUUUUUAUGCCACUGGAAGAACCAGUACUCCUCAAUGUUUCACAUGGAAAAGAUGCACAGAAUGUACACUGCAUGAAGCCCCAGACUUGCAUGUUUUGUCCUAGGGUUAUAAUUUACAGAAAAAGGAGAUGAUGUGAGGUUGCAGUGCUUUUAUGCAGUGAAAUUGCCUACUGACUUUGCAGUUAAUGUUGCUUAUAUGCGCCUGAAAAUAAUGCUGCAUUUUAGAUCAAUCUUUGACGCAAGGGACAAAAAAAUGAAAUUAAUUGGAAAUGUCUCUUUUAAAAAGAAAUCCGCCUGAUAACUGUUAUACAUGUUAGUAAUGUGUUCAAUUUUGUGUAAAUAAAAUUAACAUAAUUCUUA